AUGAAGAUCUAAUCAUUAUUAGCCCUGACUCUGUUAGGAUUCGCUUCAGUUAACUCCUUCACCAUGGAAGGAUUACCCAAGCGUGAAGUCAAGAAGAACAAGCUUGGUGCCAUGGAAGUCAUCGACUGGGCUGUUCACGGUAUGACCAAGACUGUCUAUCUCCCACAGAAAUCUAUUCUAUAAGAUUAUGAGAGACAAACCUAGAAUCUUGAGCAGGCUCUCAUCCAAACCAAAGUCAACAAGGAGAGAAUGUCAGCUGACAAACUCUACAAGUGCGACAGCAGACUUGAAGAUGGUGGCAAAGACCCAGAUGAAGCUGGCUACUUCAUCCCAGUUGAAGCUGGCUCAGUUUCCAAUGCUCAACCAACAACAGUCUUCACUUCAGGAUUAUGUUUCCAAAACGUAACCUUCACUUAUCAACAAAGUGGUAAUGAGAACGACAUCGGUGAUGUUACUAUCACUGUUGACGCUUAAAACCCAAGAACCAUGUUCUGCAAGGAUUGGUUCCUCUUCGGAAAUGCUGAAUUCUAUCACAUCGAAACUUUCUUCUUCCACGGUAAGCAUCAAGUUACCUUCAAAAACAUGAACACUGAGUCAAAGGAGGUAGUCCAAAAGAGCGGAAUCCAAAUGUACAUGUUCUGUGACGGCUAUGUCGACACUUUCAUUUCAGUCUUCAACACUGUUCUUGCCUUCGUUGGAGGUCUUGGCACCAACCCAUACAUUCCAAUUUUUGGCUCUCAUGUUCCAGAAUACAUGGAAAAGGCCAAUCUCAAAUUCCUAAAUGAUACCAUUGGAUACGACAUGCAACUUAGAUCUAAUCAAACUUAUGACUAUGAUGAAUCUCUUAUUCAAUCAGGAGACUUCUUGGCCAUUAUGAGAUUAGACGGUGUUGACCCAAUCAUCAUGUACGGUUCAGGUACUCAUGCUGGUCACUCAACUAUGGCUCUAAGAUUCGAUGAUGGCGAGCUCUACGUUAUUGAGAGUCAAGAUGGAUGGUACUGGCCAAGACACGGUAUUCAAAAGAACAAGUUCUCACAGUGGAUUGAAUGGGCCAAGGACGCCGAUUUCCACGUUGCUCACUUACCACUCAGCCCAGAAGCUAGAGCUAAGUUCAACGAAACUGCUGCUAGAGAGUUCUUCAACCAAACUGAGGGUCUCCCCUACGGUUAUCACAACUUCCUCUUCGGUUGGGUUGAUACUCCAGUUGACAACUGGCCACCUCUACUCCCAAGUCACUUCAUCAACAUUGUAUUCUCAAUCCUUGAAGGUUUCACCCCAUCAACUGUUGAUAUUUUCCUUAACCAAGCUCUUAACCACAGACUCAAUACCACAGGAUUAAACCUUAAGCAAGUUGCCGCUGAGGCUGCUAACAGAAACUUAACUGUUGAAGACUUGAUGUCUCAAGUUGAGGUUGAAGGAUGGACCUACACUGGUCUCUAAAACGACGGUAGAUCAUAUGUUUGCUCUGCCUAUGUUGCAGCUGUUUACAAGGCUGCUGGCUUAUUCGGUGACUUCCACAUCAAUGGCCCAGAGUUCACUCCAAGAGAUGUCUACACACUUAACUUCUUCGACUUAAACUACAAAAAGCCAGAGUCUUGCCAACAAGUCGAUCCAAGCCAACCAUUCUGUCAAAUUCUUGGAAAGUAUAGAAUGACCCUCCCAGGUUAUUCAACCAUUACUCCAUAUGAACACAUGGACGAGAAAUGCCCAUCAAUCGCCCCUGAUUUUGUCAGACCAGAUGGUUGCUGA